AUGUCAAUUUCCGUGUCUCAAUUAACGAAUAUAGAUUCUGAAUGCAGAGACUCACUCUCUCUAACCUCACCUAAUACGGAUCAUGGACUUGAGGGUAUCGGAGAUUUAUCAGAUUUCAAUGCAGACCUCGUGGAGAACAUACUCGCCCUGCUAGAUGAACAUACCUCUCUCGCACCAUCGUAUUCUCCUGCCGUAUCAGCACGCUAUGUAUCUACUCCCCGCAGCAUCAGUCAAUGGGUCCAAAAACUGCCCAGUAAUUUUUCGACAGCUACUCCGCCAGCUAUCUCUGAUGUUGAUACAAUAACUUCCAACUAUGAGCCUAGUCAUGGAAAUUCGCAUGUAAAUCAGGAAGAGUCAUCGAGACAGAUCGCGCCAAAUCCUACACAUUCGAGUGAAGAGUACCGCACAUGGCUGCCUCGUGUCACUUCACUACUCCCAAAGGUAGCCUCAUACGAAUCGCCAGAACAUCCAACCACUACAUCAAGCUUUCAUAGAAGUAAAAAUGGUCUUAAUAAUGGGCUAGAAUUUCCAGCAAUUCCAAGUCGAAUGGGUCGCAAUUCUGAUCGAAUGUCUGCGCUACGACGGACAGCUGUGUCUCCCACGCCGCUACCAUCCAAGAAGAGAUCAGGCUCGAUGCCAAACAUGAGGACUAGUGUAAAACCAAUGAAUUCAGGGGUACUGGAGGCUUACUCACGUAAAAGCCAACCAAUACGGAUUCGAACGCCGGUAUCAAAUGAGACAACGGAGUAUUGCUUUCCUUUGCCUCCAAUCAGCACUACUUUAUUCCCUCGUAACUCGAGCUCUCCCGUUAGUAUAAAUGAGGAAAGCGAAAUUUCAUCUCACCAGAAUACGCCUCGAGUUGGACAGAAAAUUUCUGAUUCUCUUCUUAGACCAAGUAUGAUCAGUCUCGUCACAGAAAUAGAGCCGUAUCAUAAGUACAAAAACGUGGGACAGGAGUUGAAAAAACAGACGGAGUGUGAUGUAAAAGAAACUCCGGGGCAGUCACGAACCAAAUAUCAGGCUCCUCCCCGCCGCCCAGCUACUAUUCGAAAUUCUUUUAUAUGCCUUGAUAUUCCUACUCCCCCGUCUCCAACCUAUAACCGUCGAGUUAAAUCUGCUCUCUUGACUUCACAAGGUGUAGGUCUAGAUGCCCAAGGUUUAGCCGACAGCAUGCAGCGCCAAAUAGGAAGCAUGAAUAAAAGCAUUCGAAACUCGCAGAAUAUCAAGCCAAGAAUUUCUCCAAAUGCAACGAAUUCUAGAACCAAUAUUAUAGCGUCUGUAGAGGACCAGCAUCUUCUAAAAGAAUGUCUAGUGAUAGGAUUAGAGGCACGACUUUUAACGGUUUAUCGAAGAUCUUUGACUAGCGCUAAAGUCGAGUGGCUAGUUGUUGACAAUGGCAUGGCUGCAAACGUAGACUUAGAUGGCGGCCGUUUACUGCUACGAUGCUUUGGUGAUGCUGUUGGUAAAAUUGAUUUCUUUACUGCUGAAGGAUCCUCACUUUUCCGCUUUCAGCACACUAGCAGUAAGACUUGGACCGCAACAUCGCUGAGUAUGAAUGAUGAAAAGAUGUACUUUAGUGUUCGGGAUGGUUCCUGGGAUUGUUGUGCACAUUUGGAAGUUUCUCUCUUUAAUAGGAAUGAUGAGGGCACAGAGACGUGGCUUGUCAGCGGCGAUCAACAGAUGAAGCGACUUGAUAUUUGGCAAGGUGAUCGAAUAGUAGCAAUGAUUCGGGAUUUUGGGGACCACGAGUAUCAAAUCAAAGUCUUCCCAAACACAAACUGGUGUAUAGUCACGGCACUAGCAACCUUUUUUGAUGAAUGGAGGACGACUCGUGUCGGUUUGGCUUUAUAG